AUGGAUGAUCAAAACCCUAAACCUGAAGAUCGAGGUGCACCUUCUGAACGCUCCAGUCGUACUAAUCACUCUGGCAGCUCUAGUCAUGGAUCACACGGUUUGGCUGUCAGAGCAAGAGCCAGAGCCGAAGCUGCAAGAAUCAUGGCUACAUUUGCGCAAAGACAAGCAAACAUGCAAAUCGAGCAGGCACGGAUUGAAGCUGAACAAUCAAAGAAAAAAGCGGACCUCGAAGCUGAACAAACAAAGAAAAAAGCGGAGAUUGAAGCGGAACAGCAAUGUAGAGCAGCUGAAGUACAAGCUAGCCUUGACGCGCUGAAGGUACGGACUGUUGCUGCAGCAGCAUGCGCUGAGGCUGAAGUCUUGGAAGCCUAUGAGGAUGAAGUUGGAGAGCCUUCAAGGCAAAGUGUAACAGGUCUGGCUCCCUAUUCCUCACAGCAACGCACUAGGGAAUAUGUGCAACAACAUUCUGUGGAUCAUGGUCAGCAACAACUCCGGCAUCCAAUACAAAAAGCCCUUUAUUCACCAGAGCGCCAGCAGUACAUGGACAACGGUGAUUACGUCUUAUCGCCAAAGUGCCAGCAAUACAUGGACAACAGUGAUAUGGAAAUACACGGUAUGGAUGUAAGCAGUUGUUCAGAAAAAAGCAACUCUUUUCAUUUUUUGCACAAAUGGCAGGAGGAACGCCAGAGCAGACCCACCACCCACAGCCGACAACGCCGUGGAAGCCCUGUGAAAUUCCCUCAAGAAAGAUAUUUCACACACCAACUUCACUUCGCACGCCACCGAGACCAGCAGCCUAGCCACCAAGGUGCAUUUAACUACAUGCCCCCAUGUGAUCAAUCAAACUUAGAACAAUACCUCAUUCGCAAAGAAAUAAUUAGCACUGGUCUCCUGAUGUUUGAUGAUAGACCUGAGAACUACUGGGCAUGGAAGGCUUCCUUUAUCAAUGCCACUGGCAGCUUGAACUUCACCUACAGCCAGGAGUUAGAUUUAAUGUCCAAGUGGCUGAGACCAAAGUCUGCAGAGUUGGCCAAACGAAUCCGUUCAGCCCACAUCCAUGAAGCUAAAGAAGGACUCUUUAUGUUGUGGAAGAGGCUGGAGGAAUGCUAUGGGUCAGCUGAAAUCAUUGAAGAUGCUAUGUUGAAGAGGUUAGAGGAAUUUCCAAGGAUUGCAAAUAAGGACAACCAAAAAUUACAGGAACUAGGAGAUCUAUUGCUAGAGCUGGAAGCAGCAAGAAGAGAUGGAUUCCUACCUGGACUUUCUUACCUCAACACUCCCCGGGGAGUCACUCCUAUAGCGCAGAAGCUCCCGAUAUACCUUCAGGAGAAGUGGAUCUCAGUUGGCUCGAAAUAUAAGGAAGACUUUCAAGUUCGAUAUCCUCCUUUUCACGUCUUUGUACAGUUUAUUCAAGACCAAGCAAAGAUACAAAAUGACCCCAGCUUUUCUGAGCUUGGUGGUGGUUCAAACAGGACAGAUAAACUACAGAAAGAAAUCAAACAAUCUGUGUUCACCAGGAAAACUGAUGUGUCCAAAGCAGAUGCAGGCAAGCAAAACAAGGAGGAGAAAAGGGUUGAAGAUCCAGACAGAGUGUGUCCUUUACAUAAUAAGCCCCAUCCCGUAAGAAAAUGUUAUGGCUUCCGCAACAAGAGUUUAGAGGAGCGGAUAGCCUACCUUAAAGAGAAACACAUCUGUUUCAAGUGUUGCGCCUCAACAAGACACUUUGCCAAGGACUGUGAUAAAACUGUGCAGUGCAAAGAGUGCGACAGUAGUAGGCACCCAACUGCUUUACACCCUGGCCCAGCAGUAAGAAAACCAGAGAGCUCUGCUGUCAUCAAAGAUCAAGGCGGGGAGCGAGAAGAGAAAGAGCCUCCAGAGGUCAAGUCAAAAUGCACGGAGGUGUGCGGGAAGGCAGUUGGCGCCCGAUCAUGCUCCAAAAUAUGCUUGGUCCGUGUAUACCCUGCAAGUCAACGAGAGAAAGCUGUUAAAGCAUAUGCUGUCCUCGAUGAGCAGAGUAACAGGUCGCUGGCCAAGAGUGAGCUAUUUGACCUGUUUGGCAUUGGAUCAGGUGCCACUCCUUACACCCUUAAAACAUGUGCAGGGGUCAUGGAAACAUCAGGAAGACGCGCAAAUAAUCUUAUUGUAGAGUCAAUAGAUGGCAGUGUACAGAUCCCACUGCCAACAUUAAUUGAGUGUGAUAUGAUGCCCGAUGACCGUGCAGAGAUCCCCUCAGCAGAAAUAGCACAUCAUUAUCCGCACCUCAAGCCAGUGGUAGAUAAAAUACCAGCUAUUGAUCCUGACGCAGAUAUUGUCAUGCUUCUCGGCAGAGACAUCCUACGUGUACACAAAGUACGUAGACAGUACAAUGGACCCAACAAUGCACCAUAUGCUCAGAAAUUGGACCUCGGCUGGGUCAUUGUCGGAGACGUAUGUCUAAAGGGAGUCCACAAGCCAAGCAGCAUUAAUAUCUAUAGGACCAAUGUCCUACCUAAUGGACGGACGUCGUUCCUGAGUCCAUGUACAAGUGUUAUUCAUGUGAAAGAAAAGUUCGACAAGAACACACCAAGGUCACGUAAAGAGACAGGUCUCCUGGAAGAUGACACUGAUAAACUUGGAAGCAACAUAUUUGAGAGGACAAAGGAGGAUGAAAAAAUAGCAUGGUCUAUUGAUGACAAAGCCUUCCUUGAGAUCAUGGACAACAAUGUCUACAUGAAUGAUGCUAACACCUGGGUAGCACCCUUACCAUUCCGUUUCCCAAGACAACGUCUGCCGAACAAUAGAGAGCAAGCGGCAAAACGACUGUCAUCUCUAUGUCGCACACUGGAAAGAAAGCCAGUUAUGAAAGAACAAUACACAGAGUUCAUGCAGAAAAUCUUUGAGUCAGGACAAGCAGAGCUAGCUCCACCAUUGAAGGAGAAGCAAGAGUGCUGGUACUUACCAACCUUUGGUGUCUAUCACCCUCAAAAGCUGGAUCAAAUACGCGUGGUGUUUGAUUCUAGUGCUAAACACGGAGGCAUUUCCCUCAACGACGUCCUCUUGAAAGGACCAGACCUGAAUAAUACCCUUCUUGGAGUCCUUACUCGCUUCCGCAAAGAGCCGGUUGCAGUGUCCACCGACAUACAGCAGAUGUUUUACUGUUUCACAGUCUGUAAAAAACACCGUGACUUUCUAAGAUUCUUGUGGUUCGAAGACAACGACUUCACAAAACCAGUGACUGAAUACCGAAUGACGCAGCAUGUGUUCGGUAACAGCCCUUUGCCAGCUGUGGCCAUGUAUGGCUUGAGAAGGGCAGCUAAAGAGGGAGAGAGAGAACAUGGUACAGAUGCCAAGCAGUUCAUAAUGAGGAACUUCUAUGUAGAUGAUGGGCUUGCAUCAUUAUCCAAUGCUGAGGAAACCAUCACCGUACUGUCAAAUGCAAGGGAGAUGUUGGCAGAGUCAAGCAUCAGGCUACAUAAGAUAGCAUCUAACAGCAACACUGUUUUGGAUGCUUUCCCCCCAGAAGACCUUGCCAAAGGCCUUAAGGAUCUCGACCUGACAUCUGAUCCACUACCACUCCAACGCAGUUUAGGCCUCAGAUGGGACCUUCAAACAGACAGUUUCUCCUUCUGUGUGUCUGACAAAGAAAAGCCAUUUACAAGAAGGGGAAUCCUUUCAGUGGUCAACAGUCUCUAUGAUCCCUUGGGGUUCGUGGCACCUGUCACAGUUCAGGGCAAGGCUCUCGUGAGAGAUGUCUCCACAGAAGAGUAUGAUUGGGACACUCCGCUACCAGAAGACAAAGCAACCCAGUGGAAUGACUGGGAAGAUUCCCUGAAGGAACUUAUGCAGCUCCAGAUCCAGAGAACCUACAUCUCUGUUUCUCUGCUCUCCACAGUAUACAGAGAGAUUUGUGUGUUCUCAAAUGUAUCAACUAUGGCUAUAUCAGCUGUAGCAUACCUCAGUGCAAUCGAUACAGAAGGACACAGCCAUGUCGGGUUUAUCAUGGGGAAAUCCAAGCUGGCUCCACGUCCUGCUCACACUGUCCCUCGUUUGGAAUUGUGUGCAGCCGUCUUGGCAGUGGAAACUGCAGAGACGAUAAUGGAUGACAUCGAUGUAGAGAUUCACAAAGUCAAGUUCUACACAGACAGCAAGAUCGUACUGGGCUACAUACAUAAUGCGUCCAGAAACUUCUAUGUCUACGUGGCAAACAGAGUGACAAGAAUAAGAAGGUCCUCUACCCCAGAGCAAUGGCACUACAUCAACACCAAACUUAAUCCUGCAGAUCACGGAUCUAGGUCUGUCUCAGCGGCUCUCCUACCAGAUACCAACUGGCUGACAGGUCCAGCUUUUCUAAGAAAUCCAGAAGUAGAUGAAGUUCCACAGCCAGAGGCAUUCAACCUUCUGCAUCCUGAGACUGAUGUAGAAGUUCGCCCUCAAGUUUCAACCUAUGCUACGAAAGCCACAAGUGGACUUAUUGGCUCUCACCGGUUUGAAAGAUUCUCCAGCUGGAAAUCUCUUACUCGAGCAAUAGCCAAGCUUGUCCAAAAGGCUAGAGUCUUCUGGAAAAUUUCAGACGGUAUCCAGAGAAAAGAUGAACUCCGUCAAGCAAGACUGGUCAUAUUGAAAACAACACAACAAGAUGUGUACAAAGAGGAAAUGAAAAGCCUAGCAAAGGGUGAAGAGUUUUCUCGACACAGUCCGCUCAAGAGUUUGGAUCCCAUCUUUGACGAUGAAGGAUUGCUGAGAGUCGGAGGUCGGAAUUCAUCAGCAGACAUGACCUGGGAAGAAAAGCAUCCGAUCAUUCUUCCAAAAGACAAUCACAUAUCUACCUUGUUGGUACGAUACUACCACGAACAAGUGGCCCAUCAAGGCAGACACUUCACUGAAGGCGCAGUUCGGACAGCUGGACUGUGGAUAACAGGAAGUAAGAGACUUGUGUCAAGUAUGAUAAACAAAUGUGUCACCUGCAAAAGAAUGAGAGGAAAGCUCAAAGAACAGAAAAUGUCUAACUUACCUGCGGAUAGACUUACCUUGAAUCCUCCUUUCACGAACGUAGGACUGGACGUCUUUGGGCCUUGGACCAUCUCAGCGCGCAGGACAAGAGGUGGAUAUGCAGAGAAUAAACGCUGGGCAGUCAUGUUCACCUGUCUGAGUACACGAGCGGUACACAUCGAGCUCAUAGAGACAAUGUUAACCUCCAGUUUCAUUAAUGCCUUAAGGAGAUUCACCGCCAUCAGAGGGCCUGUGAGACUCCUGCGUUCCGAUCAAGGCACAAACUUUAUUGGAGCUUGCAGAGAACUGCAAAUAAACUCUGAAGACCCGGAGUUGAAAGCUCAUUUGCAGGACAAAGGCUGUACCUGGAUAUUCAAUCCGCCACAUUCCUCUCAUAUGGGAGUGUGGGAAAGGAUGAUCGGCAUUGCACGCCACAUUUUGGAUGCUAUGUUGCUUAAGGACAACUGUCGCCUCUCCCACGAGGUACUUGUGACACUCAUGAGUGAAAUCAUGGCAAUCAUGAAUGCAAGGCCUCUAGUUCCAGUCUCGUCUGAUCCUGACAUGCCAGCAGUUCUCACGCCCGCAAUGUUGCUUACUCAAAAGACUGAUCCAGUAUCUGCUCCUCUAGGGAACAUGGAUCUGAAAUAUCUCUACAACAAGCAAUGGAGGCAAGUUCAAAGUCUAGCCGAAACUUUCUGGAAACGUUGGAGACAAGAGUACUUGGCGACCCUUCAGCCACGCAGGAAGUGGAAGUCAGAAAGACCAAACUUGCAAGUAGGCGAUGUGGUACUCCUCAAAGACACUAAAGUAAAGAGGAAUGAGUGGCCCACCGGCAUCAUUGAGGAAACCUUCCCCAGCCGUGACGGAAUGAUUUGAAAAGUGAAUGUGAAGAUCAUCAAACAGGGUACCCCUAAGGUUUAUUCCAGACCCGUUUCAGAGGUCGUACUGCUCCUCAGUAAAAAGACAUAGUGGUAUCUUAAAAUACCAGACGGGGAGUGUUAUGCCCCACAAUGUUAUUUUCUAAGACACCUAGUGGUGGAAAUCAGUUUUGCAGUUUGUGUUCUAUUUUGACCCUCCUGUUUUGCCGUAGUCAGCUUAGUGAGGGUGUGUUUCAGAGAGCAGUAGAGAACAGUUGAGAGCAGAUUUCAAACAAACAGGACGUACUGCAGGCUUUAAGCUUUAUUUUCGACUUUGAAGACUUUGAAGGUCUAAACCUUUUUACAAAAUAUACGAUUGAUCCUUCACUAAAAAGACCUAAAUUACACUAGACGCUUGGGACUCUUUUUUCAUCAAGGAUUAUAUCAUGUUAGCUAUCUGCUAAGCUAACCAGC